AGCAUCAUCUGUACCAACAUGGCCACGGGCGUGCAGUGCGAUACAAUGGACAUUAGGUCCUUGAAUUUUGGGGGCUUCACCGACACCCAUCGCAACAUCAUUUCAGUCGAUAUCGACGGCUACUAUGCCUUAGGAUUCCAGCAGAUCACUCGCGGCGAAUUCUUCCUCUCCAUCUAUCCCUUCUAUCCUACCGACGAUUCUGCCGGGCCUGCAAUUUGGACUGCCAACCGCAACUGGCCAGUGGAUGAAAAUGGCACGCUGGGAUUCUUGUCGACGGGCACGCUCGAGCUUCGAGACUCGAGAGGAACUGUGAUGUGGUGCACGAGAACACAUAAUAGAGGGGUUGAGAAAUUUGUAUUCUCUCCCGAGCACGGAAAGAUCGAGCUACUAACUGCAACCAAUGACAGUAUAUGGUCGAGCUUCGACGACCCCUCGGACACAGUGGUGGAGAAUCAGGUCCUGAGCUACAUGGGCGGCGCGGUGGUGAGCAGCGAGACUCGAGAAGGGCGAGGCACGGGAAGGUACAGCAUGGUGGUGAAGGCCGGCGGCCUCGUGCUCUACGCGAGGAGCGAGAAUGGCAGUCAGUUCCAGCCGUACCGAGCAUUUGGACUCAAUGGCAGAGACGACCUGCAGUCGGUGCUGCACACUUGCAGAUUCGCCUCGUCCGUCGCAUUCCUGCUGCCGUCGUCUCGAUUCGUCGCAAUCCUGCGCGAGAAGAAUUCCAGCGUGCACGCAGUGCUGGGGCGAGACGUGGAUCCCGAGCUGUGCGCGGAGGAAUCGUUCAAUAAUAAUGGCAGCGAGCGAGGCCUGUUUGAUCUGGACACUCUGAUAAACUCGACGUGGCCGAGCCGAGUGGCGCCAUCGCUCACCAAAGCGCUCAAGCUCGAGUACAAUGGCACUCUGACGCUCUACGCGUGGAGGCGGGGCGUGCAGAUCUCGCCCACCGCGACGGAUGCGGUCGAUCUCUUCGGCUCGGACGAUGCGUGCAGUUUUCCCGAUCGCUGUGGCCCUUUCGGUGUGUGCAUCACGGAUCCUCUGCAGGCGGCGGGCUACUCGUGCUCCUGCCCUCGGAGCCCCGACGACGACGAUCAGCUGCCGAGCUCGUCGUCGUGGCCGUGGGAAGAGAUUGAGCCCGGAGUCCCCAGCCAUGGCUGCAGGCUGUUGGCCGGCACGCCGACGUGCAAGCAGGAUCGUAAGGUCGGUGGCGGAUCCGAGCUGCUCGAGCUUCGGAACGUGGAUUAUUUCGCCAACGAUUUUCUCACACCGAUGCUGGUCUCACAAGACGCAUGUCGGCAGCAAUGCCUGCAGGAUUGCUCGUGCGUCGGUGCGUUUUACCGAUCGUUUCCCGAGGGCCAGUGCUUUCUCCAAUCGCAACCCUUUCACUCGCUGCGAAGCGCCAAUCUGAGCUUCACCGCAUUCAUCAAGGUGAGCUCGUCGACCGCCGAAUUCUCCACCACGUACGCCUUCUUGCUGAUCAUGGGCACUCUGGCAGCCACUCUGCUCGGGGCGCUGGUGGUGUGCGCAUUUUGCAUUCGGCGCCGCCAGCAGCGCAGGUGUUACAAUGUGAGUCAGAAGUUCUUCAGCCUGCAGGAGGAUUUGUUCCUCGACACGCUGUCGAGCUUGCCGCCGAGACUGCCUCUGAAAGUGCUGGAGAAAGCCACGAAGGGCUUCCGAGACAAGCUGGGCGAGGGGGGAUUCGGCGCUGUGUACAAUGGAUUGCUCCCCGACGGCACUAAGGUGGCCGUCAAGAGGCUCGAGGGCCCAGGGCAAGGAGUCAAGGAGUUCCGGGCCGAGGUGGCCACCAUCGGCAGCAUUCACCACAAAAAUCUCGUGCAGCUCUGCGGAUUCUGCGUCGAGGGAGCCGAGCGCCUUCUCGUGUACGAGCACAUGGCCAAUGGAUCUCUGGACAGUCUUCUCUUCUCAGACACCAGCACCAAUUCUCAGAGCAAGCUCGGCAAAGACGGAUGCAUCCUCGCGUGGGCGACGAGGAUGAGUGUGGCCAAGGACACGGCUCGAGGGCUGGCGUAUCUGCACGAGGGCUGUCGCGAGAAGAUCAUCCAUCUGGACAUCAAGCCGCAGAACAUCUUGCUGGAUGAGCACUUCCUGGCCAAAGUGGCGGAUUUUGGGCUGUCGACUUUGGUGAAACGAGACAAGCAGAGCUUGGUGGUGACGCAGAUGCGAGGGACGCCCGGCUACCUUGCGCCCGAGUGGCUGCACAUGUCGGCUGUGACGGAGAAGGCAGACGUGUACAGCUAUGGAAUGGUUCUGCUGGAGCUCGUGAGCGGGCGCAGGAUUGUGGAGCCCGACAAGGUGUUCUUGCCGGCAUGGGCGUUUCAGAGGUUCAAAUGCGGGCAGCUCCAAGAGCUCAUCGAUCCCAAAAUUGCUGACUCUGUGAACAUGGACGAGGCGCAUUUGAUGAUUCGGGUGGCGUUCUCGUGCAUCCAGGAGAAUCCCCUGGAACGACCGUCCAUGAGCUUGGUCGUUCAGAUGCUGGAGGGCCUCGUGGCCGUUCCCCAGCCCCCGCGGUUCGGCCAGAUGCCGAGAAUUCUGAGCAUGUCCACGAUCAGCUUGUCAUCCUCGAGCUCAGAUUCUUCGUCGCCCAAUCAAUCUUGUACAGAUGACUCCAACCGAUUGGGGCACUCCUUCAAUGGCCUGGGCCAGCGGGCCACCGAUCGAGGCUACUCGUACCUGAUGGAAGGUGGACUUUCUACUGCCUACAUUCAUUCUAUCACUGCUCCUAGAUAACUGGAUAACAUUUCGGAUCAUGGUCACAGGCGAUCAUUGCAACUUUAGUGGAUUGUACAGGAAAGUUGAACGUACCCUAACCUUUGCAACUGAGUAUCAUCGAGCGCAUCAUCGAGUAUGUUAGCACGGUAGCUGACCUAGUUAUCACCCCGUAGACUAAAAGAUUUCAUCGUUAUAGAAAAAGGGGAAGUCCUUAGAUUCUUGUACAACAGAGAGAGAUGGAUUGAACACUUCAGUAGAGCGAGCGAGCGCAGCAGCGGUGGUCGAAGGCUCAAAAUCUCAGUGUGUCAGUGACACUGUCCAUGUAACAUUAGUAAGUUCCCAAGUCCUGGAAUGGUUUGUGCGGCGAGUGGUGGUUUAUGCACGACGGUAGAUUCAGAGAAAACCCUGUAAAUUAUGUCGAGAGCCCAGUGUAUGUUGUCGUUGCCUCAAAAGGCCGAUCAGCUUUGUGAGCAAAAUUUCUCCAAGAGAAUUGGUUAUAAUCGCAUAGUGAUCAAAAUUUUGAACAUUCUGAAGUAAAAGCC